UCCACAUAACGUCGCACAAAACUGCAUGUCAGUUAAAAAGCGUUCCGAAAAUGAGACAUAUUCAAUUGUUUAUCAUUGGAAUAUUUUUAUGGAUAACUUUGGUAACUUUUAUAUCGACAACUAAAAUCAACUGGACAAAGUUUCGCUUUGAAGAUAGUUCAUAUAGAUCCACGUGUCGCUCAACUAAUUUUACCUUCAUCCGCGACGACGUUCCUGACUCUUUGGCAUGCAGCAAAAUGUGUUAUGAACAUAACAAAUGUCUUACGGUUGUGUAUCACCCAGAUAAUUUCAAGUGCAUUGGAUGUGAAGUAGUCGAGUGGCAAGCGAUUACAAGACUGUCAGGAUCACUACAAUUUUCUAGCAAAGUUUUAGAUAUCAGCAUCGAUUGCAAGGACAUUUUGGAGAAAAACAGACUUGCAAAAAGUGGCGUUUAUGAGAUAAAACCGAAAAGCUCGGGAUGGAUCAGUGUGUUUUGUGACAUGACAACAGAUGGAGGUGGAUGGACGGUAUGUUAA